UUUACUGACUGAUCGUCUUAGCGAAUGUGGUUAUAAUAUUAAUAUUACCGAAGACUACCCUUCUAUCGACUCAAAACUUACAGAAAAUAAUAAAGGCAAAGAAUUACUUUUACAGGUACUUUCAAUCAAAAAAACUCUGAAUACAGAAAAAUAUUCAAUGAUCGCUAAUGCUCAGGUUCUGAGUGAUAUAGAAGCUUUGGAUAUUCAAAAAUGUUUAGAAAGAGAAGAGUAUAUAGACCUAGCCUAUAGACUUGCUUUGCAGAAUUACAAUCUCGCAUCUUUUUAUAGAAAGACCCCUGAAGAUAUAACUGAAGAUUUUGUAGAAAAAUAUUCCCAAAAAGAGAUGCAAAAUGCGUAUAGUGUAUUAGUUCAAGCUGUAAACCCUCUUGAUAACUUGCGUGAGAAUUAUAGAUUUAUAGUUAUUAGAAACUCACGAGAAAAAGCUUCUUGUGAUUCAUUAUUGCCAAAAGUUAUUGCUUUAGAGGAGAUUUUACAAGGGAUAGAUUAUUCUUCGG